AGGGGAAUCACAAUGCUCUUAAAAUGGCCUCUGCCCUAAUUUAGGUCUCCAUGCCAACCUGCUAAUACACAGGAUGACACACACACACACACACACAGAGUAACACCACUUUUUCGGUUGUGCCUAGCAUCAAGCAUCCCAAAAUUCUGAAAGAAUAUCACAGGUUCAGUCAUGGGGAAAACCAAUAGUGACACAGGUCCUGUGGUAAAGAUCAUCAAAUUAUUAAUAAUAUAACACAUAGCACAUGCUGUAUGUCAUUGGGCAUUCCACAUGACCAAAUACGCCACAGAUGCUUACAGCAUAUAUUUUUUUACCCAAAAUGAUAGUUCUUUUUUUUGCCACCAGAGGGCAGUAUUGACACUUUAAUUUGAAAAUAGUCCUGGCUUAUUUUAGCCUCAAUAUGGAACUAGCUUUACUCAGGAUAAUUGGGAUAUUCCUUGUAAAAGUAAUAUGGCGACAGUGAAUUAAAGAGUCCAGGCUACACCCACACAUAUAUCUAAUAGGUAAUGAGAAAUAUUUGUGUAAAAAUUUCAGUGCAAGGUGCAUCAAAAAUGUUGCAUGUCGCUUUUCUGGAAGAACAUGGUGUACCACAAACAUACCUGUGUGUACCCUUUGUAAUAUAAACUGCAUAGGGAGUAGCAGCUGUCAUCCUCCCCCAUCAACAGUCAAAAUUGUGGUUUACUGCAAAAAGUAAGCGAACGUCUUGCCUUUCAUUCACAGGUUUGCAUUCUUAACCACUUCCUGUUUUUAAUUAUCCCUCCUUACCUCCACUUCAACAGAUACCAUGAUCUACUGAAGCCCUAAGUUUUGAAAUCUGAAAGCUAUUGCCAAGCUCUAUGAAGUUGAUUGGUGGAAUAAUGUGUCUGUGAUUUGAGAAAUGUUGUCACACUGUGCAGAAGAAUGCACCUCCAAGGGCAUGUGAAAAUUAUCAAAAAGACCAGUACCAGCCACCAUCAAAGCUCUCCAAAAGUAUUAACUUAAAUAUACAGCAUACUGAUAUAUUGGUUGCAUGACAGUAACUUUAAUGGCGACUGUUAAUUAUGGAUGUUUUUUCCCUUAAAUAUAGCCAGUCAUAUUUUUAGGCCUGCUGUUACACUCUCAUCUGCUGUUGGGAUUCCCUGGAAACAGAGAGUGUAGGGCCUUCUUCAACCAGUGGAGUUGCUUUUGAUCAGGUUUGUGUCCCUCGAGCACUGACGUCACCUGACGCACGACGAGACGGAGGGCAGUCCUUGCUUUGCACUCGACAACCACUCCUGCGCCUCCUGGAUUGCACACGCACUGUUACUUCUUUUUCGACAGUUUUUUCCCGUUUCUUUUUGUUUGUCCACCAGUUCCCUCCUUUUACCUCAACGUCUGAAACCCUCGGUUGCAUGUCUCUGCUAUGUCUACAGUCGCACAGAAAGGAAUAGUAAGGACUACCUCGUCACUUUCUCACUUAAAAGAAGAGAUAUGGCGGAAAAGACGUUACUAAGAAAACAACCAAAGCAAAUUAAGUCCAAAAACUCAUCUGUGACUAGAAAACCUGGAACUGUGGAACAGCAACAGCUUGUCAUCAUGAACUGUCGUCGUUAUUUACCACUUUAAGGACGUAUUCGAUUGUAUUCAUUUUUGUAUGUUGCCUGCUUUCCACGGGUUGUCACUGUUUUGGUGAGCUUUUUCAAUUGCCUUGUCAUGGGAGUUAAAGUGGUGACCUGCUUCUUUUCCACGUUCCUGUUGAGACCGCUUGGAAUUUUGCUCCUCGUGUUCCGUGCCCUUUAAAUCACGCACUGCAAAACUUUUCAGUUGGAGCGCCGCUGGGGUCACAUCGACAGCAAGUAAUCCGAUUGGCAUCGGGCUACAAAUAUGGGGGCAAAUCAAAGUAGCCCAGCUGCCAAUGGCCGAACCAGAGCUUACUCGGGCUCGGAUGUGCCCUCAAGCACAAGUAACGGUAGCAGUGGUAACGGUAGAACUGCAGCCGUGGCUAUGAGGUACCAUGCGUAUGGUGCCUCGUCACACGGGGCCUCGGGAGCCACGUCGGCCGGGACUCAGCACCAUAGAAUGAGAUACAGUGGCAGCAGUGGAGGGGGGUCGGGAACGAGGCCCCAGUCACUUCAUCAAUCCGGCUUCGGCAACGAAUCUGGCAGCAGCACCCCAGAAGAGAACACCGCGGAAAGGGACACGACAGGCAGAGAUCAGGAGGGUCCCCGCCUCCUGAUAGGCUCUUUGCCAGCUCACCUAUCGCCUCAUCUCUUUGGAGGUUUCAAGUGCCCCGUGUGCUCCAAGUUUGUGGCCUCGGAUGAAAUGGACUUGCACCUUGUCAUGUGUUUAACCAAACCGAGGAUCACGUAUAAUGAGGACGUUCUGGCUAAGGAUUCUGGAGAGUGUGCAAUAUGCCUGGAGGAACUGGUACAAGGAGACACCAUUGCACGCCUACCCUGUCUCUGCAUAUAUCACAAAGGCUGUAUAGAUGAGUGGUUUGAGGUCAACAGAUCAUGCCCAGAACAUCCUUCAGAUUAAAGUCCUUAUUUGCACAGGUUUCUCAUUCCCUGCUCCAAUGCCAGCUGACAGCAAUGUGAAUUAUUUUAUCGUUCCCCCUGCUUCACUGGGUCUGCAGUCGCGGGACAAUACUGAGACCCUCACCCCUGGACACCCAGACCUGCCAAAAACACAUCAAGUCUUCAGGGAAUCACCUUUGCAUAGUUAUGCAUACAUUUGCACACUUCCUUUUUCAGCAAACUGAAGCAACCGUGGCAGCCUUUAGCAUCAAGUCAUCUCACCGUCUGUGCACUGGUGGCCAUGACAUGGCAACCCUGCAGCCCUGGCGAAUUGGGCGAUGUUUUGCAGAUCGGAGCUCCUCCCCCAUUCCCAACCCUGACAUAUGCACCUCAUAUGAUUGACACUCCUGUUCAAGGGCCAGGUUCUUGCUGAGCUGUCACUGGCUGCAUUCAUCUCCCUCCUCUCGUCCAGGGAUUGGACUUCCUCUGCUGCCUUGUUUUUGGAUGGCAGAUCUGCACUUUUUAUGCUCUUACUGCGGCCGUGCCCUAUCACACACUGGCACUCUCAAGACUUAAGAUGGCCAAUCAUACACUGAUACCUUGAAGCAAGGGCACGUCCUCUUGCAAGCCGUAUCUUCCAGUGCCUUCAGAAGCCAAUAAUAAAGGAUUUAAUGUUGUACAGCCUGCAGGUCAUGUGAUGAGCAGCGCAUUCUCCCUGAUUUGUGGAAUAUACUCCCCAGGGAGGGUCAUCCUGGGUUCUGGUUGAGGACCUGACCAGCGCCCCCUUGUGGUGAAAGCAAAUGUGAAAGCUCAGCGUUAUGUCUGAGCGAGAACCUCCCCUUUGGCACCAUCGGAGGGGUAGCAACCACAGACCUCUACUCAGGACUCUUCAAUCCUGUGGACGUUCAGGGCUGACUGCCCUGAAAAUGCGUGGCUAAGCCUUGUACUCUCUCCUAAUCCAGUGGAGAGACACCAUUUUGGAAUGUGAGAAUAUGGCUGAAAUUUAUUCCCAGGGAUAAGUACAGGGAAAUACUUCUGUAUGUGUGUGUUUCAUUAUCAUUAAUUGUUAUUGAUGUUGUACAAGGUGUGACAUGACACUGGGUUAUCGGUCAUACAGAGAUAAACUGUGCAAAAGGAUUUUUUUCUCCAACAAUGGUUAUGUUGGAUAGGGUACAGCCAGGAUUUGGCACAUCCUGCUGAGAAUUUCAACAGCAAUGAAAGAAAAUGUGUUCUUCAAUAUGUACACUUUCUUCUAAAAUAUUAUACAUCUGAAAUUCUCUACUUGCUGUAGUCUACCCAAUUUGCAGGUUUGUAGAAUUAUGGCCACACCCUUUAAAAUGAGAGCUUCAAAAAGCAGAUGCUGAACUUGGAAAAACCGGUUACCUUAGCAUUACAUUCACAUUAUUGGCAUUUGGCAGACGCUCUUAUCCAGAGCGACGUACAGUUGAUUAGACUAAGCAGGAGACAAUCCUCCCCUGGAGCAAUGCAGGGUUAAGGGCCUUGCUCAAGGGCCCAUUGGCUGUGCAGAUCUUAUUGUGGCUACACCGGGAUUAGAACCACCGACCUUGUGCGUCCCAGUCAUUUACCUUAACCACUAUGCUACAGGCCGCCCCUUAGCCAGCAAACUAGAGCCAGGUAAGGUUAGGUUUUCAUUCCAGCACAAAUGUGAAGUAAGGUUGUGCAAGGUACUGGUUAUUAGUGAGUGGAGGAUGUGCCCUGUGGAGUUUGAAAGACCUUUGGAUUGGCACUCUGUGUUUCAUCUCUCCCAGGUUCAUUGUUAUUGAUGUUGUACAAGGUGUGACAUGACACUUGUUUAUCGCUCAUACAGAGAUAAACUGUGCAAAAGGAUUUUUUCCUCCAAAAAUGGUUAUGUUGGAUAGGGUACAGCCAGGAUUGGGCACAUCCUGCUGAGAAUUUCAACAGCAGUGAAAGAAAAUGUGUUCAACAUGUACAAUCUCUUCCGAAAUAUUACAUAGCUGAAAUUCUCCACUAGCUGUAUCCUACCCAAUUUGCAGAUUUGUUUUAAGUGAUUGUAAGCUUGUGAAUAUUGAAUACUGUACUAAAGCCGGAAUUGUGGCAACACCCUUUAAAAUGAGAGCUUCAACAAGCACAUGCUGUACUUUGAAAACCGGUUACUUUAGCCAGCAAACUAGAGCCAGGUAAGGUUAGGUGUUCAUUCCAGAAAAAAUGUGAAGUAUGGUUGUGCAAGGUACUGGUUAUUAGUGAGUGGAGGAUGUGCCCUGUGGAGUUUGGAAGACCUUUGGAUUGGCACUCUGUUUCAUCUCUCCCAGGUUUCAGAUUGAAAAGAAAGGUAAGAUUGAAAAUGUUGCCAAAGUGAAUUCUAUUAGGCCACUUUUGUGUUGACUUUUGGUGCAGAAUUUGGUCACGGUUUUUCACCAUUCAUUUUUCACAGCAAAUCAAUUUCAGUAGAUCCUCAGUGAACCCAACACAUUGGGAGUGAAGGUCGUUCGGAAUCAGAACACUGACAUUUUCAGAACUCUGAAAGUGAUGCUGAAAUACACCGAAAUAAAAUGAUUUCAUUUCGGUUUAUUUCGAGUUAUAAACCAAUAACCUCAAUACCAUUAUUCAAAACAUUAACUGUCAAGUGCAAUCCAAUAAUUAACAAGCUAAACUUGCAAAACUUAAAAUUGCCAAAUCAGACAUUGGCAAGGCAAUGAAGUAUCGUACUGCUCUUAAAAUAACACCAAUGGUAAGCGAAAAUAACCGCUUGCAUUCGUCGUAGACACCAGUGUGACGCGAUCUUUGCUGGAUUUAAAAUGAUUCGCCUGAUUCUCUCUUCCAUCCAACAGCGAAUUUUGUCCUGGUGCUUUUCUGUCAAAAGCGGUACUUUCCUUGUAGUCCACUCUUUAGCAACAGGCGUUAAGCCUUGUCAAUAUAUUUUUUUAUACUACCAAUUAUGGUGUUGUUUGUGUUUUGCCGUUGUCAUUUUGUAUUAAUGUCAUACUUCCGAUUCCAUACCGUUUUCGGUUGGCCCGACUUUUCGUUUUCUGGGGUUCUACGGUAGCCUAGUUGAUUAGUACAGGCAUUCGUUAAUUUGAAUGUAUUCUCAAAGGAAACUAAAUCUGGAAACUGGGGCAAAUCGUUUUUCUGUGUAAUGCAGAACAAGCGAAACUCAGAAAUCAGUAAUAGGCCUAGAUGGACCUCACUUGAUGAGCUGGUGCAAAAGAGAAAUGAGCAAAUUUGGCAACUUCAAUUACUUGAAUACACAUUGUUAAAUUCACUUUUCAUUUUGUACCAGCUGAAAAAAAAAUGUUUUACCUUAGAAGCGUACAUGCAUACUCCUGCAUAGCCGCCUCCCACAUAAAAAACCCUUGGGCAAGGAAGGGCGCUCGUGCCCAGGGGCCUGCUAGGACCUAGCUCUGUGCCUGCCCUUGGGAUUAUCCAAUCUCAAUUAAAUGUUAAUGUUGAUUUAUAACGGAGAAUGACAACCUGACAAAAUGCCAGCUAUUAUGCGAGUACAUAUUAAAUCCAUACACGUACUAUGGGUGGAAGUUGCUGGACUACUGUACCUGUCUGUUGAAUGAAUUCAUUUUUGCAUAUUCACGUUUUUAAAUUGUAUCAUCUUCUAUGCUUAUUUUCUGGUUCCAUUGCUGCAGGAGGGUCAUUCCGUGAAAAAUCAACUUGACGUGUGGGGGGUGACCACUCGAAUUUUGCUCAAACGUUGUUCAUGUUCAUUAUAUAUUCAAUAGAGAACAUACACAUUAGCCUCAUAGGAUUUAUCGUUCUAAAGAUAUUGGUUCUUAAAAAAGGGGGGUGGUACCAAAAAAGUUACUCGCGCGUGGAAAUUGGGGUUUAUAUAAAUUUUGGAGCAUCAUAUCUUUGGCAAUAAAGCAGAGAACCAUUAAAAUGUGUAACAUACCGAUACCAAUAUUUGAUGGCUUGUUAUAGCAGCACUUUUCACAGAAUGACCCAGGAGUUUCCUGUAUUUACUUUUAAUUUCUCCUUGUGCAUUUGCCCCAUCUGAGCCAGUUGGAUUAACUUCUUAACAUUGGUCUGUCCAAAUCUACCUUGAGGAAAUGUAGAUCAUUUAUUAUACACAGCAUCAGCUUAUUUACAUUGUAAUUUGGUUUAAAUGUUGAACCUGUGAUCCUUAAUUGUCUUCUAUGUAUAGAACUUGGGAUCAUGUUUUUAAAUCAGUAUAUGAAAUUUCAUUACACAAUUAUACAUCUAAUUGGAGCACCAUGAAUUUGUCUUACUACAGAGGUUAGAGAUUUCAAAAUUAAACUCUGGGAAAGUGCUUGGAUGUACGGCCUUCAUGUGUGUUUCAUAAAUACUUUAGGGCUAACCAAACACUUUGCCUGAGUUUAUAUAUUUCAGAGAACCACUCUGUCCUUCAAAGCAUCCCUUAAAAGGACAGAUUUCAUGAAUUAAUUUCAAUGGGAAGAAGGCUAAGACAAGCACACAUCUGAUUGUUUGAUGUACAGUGCUGCCAACUGUAUGACCAAACAAUUUCACUAGUGUUUGAACUUGACUGAACAAUAUGAAAAGGUUUCAGUGAGCUGACCGGUACCAAGCUUUGACAGGCUGACUGUACAUAACUUGAUAAUCACAAACUCUUUUAAACAGACAAUUAAGGUAUAUGUGUUAUAACAUUCCAUUUAUGUAAGAAAAAACUAUGUACAGAACUAUUAAAUUAAAAUCUUUUGAAAUUCCAUGAA